CGAGUGUCCAGUUGGUUUUAGCCAAAUGUGCUGCUGACACGGCCAAUGGAUCUAAGCCCUUUCCCGACCCCCUCCGCGAUAUCAACUCCCUUCGGCCGUAUCGAGCGAACAUGUGCCCCAUAACUCCCAUUGAGCUGCUGUCCACAAUUAUCCUCGAAAAGCGAAAGUUACGGCCCCCGACAAAGCGGAAAAAGUAUCGCAAAUAGCCGAAAAUCGAACUUGGUUCUCGUUCCCCCAACUUCAACUUGUCCUUUUUGCGGAGGUUUCAGUUCGACGGAAGGUGUCGCUCAAUGCACUGCAGGUAUUAUCCCGAUCAUACUUUCUCUGUUCCAAGUA